GUUCGUCGAUCUCCGCUGACGUCAAGCUGGUGCUGUUCGUACCUUCCUCGUUAACCACCCAUCGGUCCGCCACCACAUCCCCCCCAACAAUCGUCAUUGAAACGGAAGACAUCUGAUCAAUCACAAUCUCCCAUCGAUCAUCUGCAACCAUGACUUGGACAUUGAUCUCCGCCUCGCCGUCUCCCUACGCUCGCAAGGUCCGCAUCGCCCUGCAAGAGAAGAACCUCCCCUUCACUCUGCAGACCGAAGUGCCCUGGGACACCACCACGAAAACGCCACAGUACAACCCGCUUGAGAAGCUCCCGGUGCUCAUCCUCGACGAUGGCAAGACGGCAAUUUAUGAGUCCCACUACAUUAUGGAGUGGCUGGAGGCCAAGUACCCGGCAACCUCGCUGAUGCCGGACGAUGUGGACGGGAAGCUGUUUGCUAAGCAGGUUGAAGUCAUCACGGAUGGGAUCUGCGAUGCGCUGGUGUUGGCUUUCUUUGAGAAUAAGAGGGAGGAGGGGAAGCAGAGUGGGCCUUGGAAGGAGAGACAAAUGCGCAAAGCCGAUGGCGGCCUGCAAGCCCUCGCCACCUUUGUCGAUCAAGCCGGCGGAGGCGAGUUCUUGAUUGGGAACAAAUUGACGCUCGCGGAUAUUGCGAUUGCGAGCGUGCUUGGCUGGCUCAGUCUGCGCUGGCCUGAUCAUGAGUGGCAGAGAAAACACCCUCAGUUGAAGAAGUACUUUGAUAGGCUGGAUCAGAGGGAGAGUUUUGCGAACACGAGGCCGGCUCCGCAGAAUAUUUCCGAUCCGGUGGUUUAGCCUAAGAGCCAAGAUGGAAUGAGGAAGCCUUGGAGAAUGGGUGGCAGGUUGGGACAUGAAAGUAUCGAGUUGAUAACAACGUCCCCCAUCUCUGCGAGCAUUGCAAUCGGCCAGACCCACUUUUCUCAACAAGGCAAGAGCGCUUCGAAUCGUCAACGACAUACUUCCAUC